ACCUCGAAUCAGUUUGCCCCCUAAGUCAUCUAACCAAAUUGACCCAGUCACCUCAAUUGCCUUUUUUCUUUUACCUUUUUUUUUUUUUGAGCGGAGUCACCUCAAUAGCCUUAGGCCUAAAUAUUUGGCACAUUGGUCCAGUUUAAGAAAAUCAAAUAAAAGCCCACCCAGAUAUAAUGUCUGAAGCCCCCAAUCCUUUUUAACCGACUUUCUAAUUUCUCUCUCCGACGACAAAUUCUCCGACCUCCGGCAACUAGUCAUCGGGAAUAGUUAAACGUCGCCGUUUACACACGAAUUACGUUUCAUUCUGAUUUUCUUAGUGAUAGGAAUAGAUUACAUUUAUUUUACUGUCAAGAAGGGUUUCCGUCACUUGCCAAAAUUUUAAGAACAGAAGAGGACAUGGAGAGUGAAGCAGAGAAGAAUUGGAGUGAGCAAGUGGAAGAUUUAGUAGAUUCCGGAGACAUAGAGGCUGCAAUAUCCCUCCUUGAAUCCCUAAUUUCAAAGCUCGAGACCCUAAAUUCAUCAGAUUCACAGCCCCAAUUAGCCUCUGCACUCCUUGAAGUGGCCAAGCUUUACUCCUGCAAAGGCCUCUCUCUCAAAUCUGAUGACGCUAGAUCUCGUGCUUCAGCCAUCAACCUCCGCUCCCUCUCACCUUCUUCUACUUCCUUUAUUGAAACUUCCACAACAGAAGAAAAAUCUAGGGUUUCCAAUAGUAAUAAUUUGCCUGGGAGUAAUUUAACCAGAGAAGGGGAUUAUGACCCAUGUCCAAAAUCUUCAACUGACAAUGUAGCUCCUCAGGAGUCUUCAGAUGACGACUGGGAAGCUAUAGCAGAUCGUGCACCAGAUGAGUUGCUCCCUCCACAAUGCUUGCCAGAGGUGUCAAAGCUUACAUUGUAUGACACGCAGGUGGAGAAGAAGGUCCCAAACAGACGUGGGAGGGGAACCUUCACAUAUAAGAAACAAGGAAUGUAUAGUGAUGAGCAAAUCAACGACUCUAUUUCCUGUGACACAUCAGAUGAGAAUGUUCAUGAAAAGUCUGAGAAGAUUUUGGAAGGAAAAAAAUCUGUAUAUGGAACACAUCAUGUCCUUGUCUUGGAUGGAUUCCACCCGAGUACGACAACAAUAGAUUUGGAGAGACUUUUCGAAGGCUUUAGAGAUCGUGGAUUUGCAAUUCGUUGGAUUAAAGAUACACUUGCUCUUGGUGUAUUUCGAACUCCAUCAACUGCUCUUGAGGCCUUAAAUAGUGUUCGUUGUUCUUUCAAAGUUCGGGUACUUGAGGAAGAUGACCCCAUGAUUGGCUCCAUUUCAAUUAAAGACCUUGACCCACCUCGGCAAAGACCAAAGACAUCUGCUAGAACUGCUCAGAGGUUGAUUGCUCAAGAAUUGGGGGUAAAGUUGCCAUCAACCUUUGGGUCUACAGAGCUGAGGAAGCAAGAAGAUGCUAGAAGGAACCGUAUUGUUACAAGGCAAAAUUUGAGGGAUGAAGCUUGGGGUCCUGAUGAUACGAAUUAAGGUAAGUGCAUGUAAAUUAGUUCUCAUGUGUUUCUGUAGGUGACUUAAUGUUGUAUGAUUUAUGAGUUUGGCUUGUGUGAUGUUACAUUGUUACUUGUUCUACAUAGCGUUUGAUGAAUUAGGGCAGUUUUGUUGUUAAGAAAGUGGAGAAUGUAUAUGUUUCAUACACAAAUAUUCUUUGUACGAUGGUAAAUUAAAGAGUGUCAACAAGAAUUACAACUACAAAAUUUGCUUUCAUA